UUGAAUACUAGUGUUAGUACUACUCGUCUACUCCCAAUCCCAAGUCCUAAUUUCUUAUUGCUUCAUUUUCUCUAAACUCAUAACAAAGAGUUAAAGAGGAAGAAAAAAAUGGCGUACAUAAGCAUGGGCGAAGCGCACAGAAAAAUUACAGACUACCUUAACAACUUCUCCGACGCCAUUGCUACUCAAGAUGGAGCUUCUCUUCGUCGCCUUCUUUCUCUCUCUUCCGGUAAUACCAAACUCCUCGCCGUUGCCGACGCUCUAAAUGUUUUCCAGGAUGUUAGUAGGUUAAUCAGACAAUCAAGUGAAAUGUUAUCACCCCUACUUCGCGCUUUACAGUGUUACAAGCUUGGUCAGUUGGUUGAUGCUUAUAAUUCCUACGAGAAAUUUUCCAAUGCCUUUAUACAGGAAUUUCGGAAUUGGGAGUCUGCGUGGGCAUUAGAAGCAUUAUACGUGGUUGCUUAUGAGAUUAGGGUUAUUGCGGAGAGGGCUGAUAGGGAGUUGGCGUCAAGUGGAAAAAGCCCAGAUAAAUUGAAGGCAGCUGGUUCUUUUCUCAUGAAAGUUUUUGGUGUCCUUGCAGGAAAAGGGCCAAAGCGUGUUGGAGCCUUACAUGUGACUUGCCAGCUGUUCAAAAUCUAUUUCAAGCUCGGUACUGUACAUCUUUGUCGAAGUGUAAUAAGAAGUAUUGAGACUGCCCGUAUCUUUGAUUUUGAGGAGUUUCCUACCAGAGAUAAGGUGACUUACAUGUAUUAUACAGGUCGUCUUGAAGUUUUCAACGAAAAUUUUCCGGCUGCUGAUCAGAAAUUGUCAUAUGCUCUAGCUCAUUGCCAUCCUGACCAUGAAUCCAAUAUAAGGAUGAUCCUCAAAUAUCUGAUACCCGUGAAGCUUUCAAUAGGUAUCAUGCCUGAAGAUUUAUUGUUGCAGAAGUACAAUCUUCUUGAGUAUCAGGACGUUCUGCUAGCACUUAGAAGGGGUGAUAUUCGACUAUUACGAUGUGCUCUCCAACAGAAUGAGGACAGGUUUUUGAGAUCAGGUGUCUACCUUGUAUUGGAAAAACUUGAAUUACAAGUUUAUAGAAGAUUACUCAAAAAGAUCUAUAUUAUUCAAAAGCAAAAGGAUUCAAGCAAAGCGCAUCAGGUGAAAUUGGAUAUUAUCGUCAGAGCACUGAAAUGGCUUCAAAUAGACAUGGAUGUUGACGAGGUUGAAUGUAUUGUUGCAAUUCUAAUAUAUAAAAACCUUAUCAAAGGGUAUUUUGCGCACAAGAGUAAAGUUGUAGUUCUGAGCAAGCAAGACCCUUUUCCCAAACUAAACGGCAAGCCAGUGGGUUCGUAAUACUUAGAAGGGGUUAAUUAUCAUACAGAAUAAGCUCACUUCCUUCCAGCUGCUCAUUGUGAACGAUCAAUGUUCAAGCUUUUAAUCAAUUCGGUUCACUCUCAUCAACUGAAUAAUGUCUUGUGCAUUGUGUAAUAGUUACGAAAGCAUGCUUGUCGUAGUGUAUCUCAUUCUUUCACAGCUAGGGAAAUUUUUUGUUAGUUAAUAGUAAAUUAGUAUUUGAAGGCUAAUAAAUUCCCCCUUCAUGUAGUAUUAAUGUGCUGUACAAUUUACUUAAUUGUCUCUACAAUUAACUAGUAAUUUGCAUAUAAUCAUGGGUUAGUCUGAGGGUUGAGUGUUUUUUCUUUUUCCUUUGUAAAAGUAAUUCGAAACUCGCGGCGUGCACAAAGGGUUAGCACCCUCUUUCCUCUUGUAGGGAUUCUCUUACCUUAUUUUGAAUAAAUUCUCUUACCUUAUUCUGAAUAAAAAACAUGAUAAGAUCUUGCAGUGCAAUAAUGGCGAGGAUUGUAUUCCCAAGAUUUUCUUUGAUGUAUUGGUUGUUUUGAACAGAUUGUGAACAUGUUUUAUGGUAUAGCAUGAUCAUAAU